UCGUCGAGAUGAGCGGUGGCAGCAGCGGUAACAGCGCCGGCAACCAGGGUAACGGCAAUGCCACCAGCUACCACCAGCACCAGCAGCAACAACAACAGCAACAACAACAGCAACAGCAGCAGCAGCAACAGCAACAACAAACGCAGCUGGAGCAGGCUAGCUUGCUGACGGAUCUGAACGGUAUUGACCUGGCUAUGAGCCUAUCGCCCAAACAGCAUUCGUCCCACGUUCAAGCCGCUGGUGGCGCUCAUACAACUCCGUUCAGCGUCACAGAUAUCCUGUCCCCCAUCGAUAACGAGUCGUUCAGGAAGCUGGAGCAGGUGAUCGGCGUCGGCGUGGUCACGCAUUCUCAGGUCUCUCCUUACGGUAACGCGUGUGGCGCCCGCGUCGGUGGCAAUACCGGUAGCUCGAGCGCGAGUAGCGGCAGUCCACCGCUUCACGGAGGUUCGACGCCCGGUGGCGGUACUCCUGGACCGGUUUCCGGUCCGAACGACGCCACCGGAGGAGGCAGCAGCGCUGCCGGUGCCGGGGCAGGCAUGACUGCCAUGGGUAAUCCUUACGCUACUAUGCAACUCACCUCGCAAUAUCAAUAUUGCGCGGCUGAGUUGUCCUAUCAUCACGCGGGUCCAGGGGUCGCAGGAGGUGCCACCGCCACCGACCCCAUGAGGUCCCAUCAUCCUUGGUACGCCCCGGCUCCACCGGCUACCAACGACCCGCGUUUUGCCAUUUCGCGGCUGAUGGGCGCCGCGGCGGCAGGUGCCGGGACCAACAUAGCCGGCUGCUCCGUGGGCCAGUCAAUGGGCGACGUGACGAAGUCGUCGGGCAUGGGAAUGGGCGUCGGCGUCGGUGUCGGUAUGGGCGUCGGCGGGAUGCAAUUCCCCCACCUUCCACAGAGACGAAAGCGUCGCGUUCUGUUCACCCAGCAGCAGGUUCACGAGCUCGAGAGGCGGUUCAAGCAGCAGAAAUACCUGAGCGCGCCCGAACGGGAACACCUAGCCGGCCUAAUUAACCUUACGCCCACUCAGGUGAAGAUAUGGUUUCAAAACCAUCGAUACAAGUGCAAGAGGCAAGCGAAGGAGAAAGCGAUGGCCGAACAAAACGCACAAAAUCAGAGUGCCAGCUCGCCGCGACGGGUGGCGGUGCCGGUGCUGGUGAAGGACGGCAAGCCUUGCGGAAGCGGUGGCGGAAACGAAGGCAGCCGUGGUGGACCAAGCGCAGCGUUGGCCAGUCCAGCUCCUCACAUGACAGCGGCGUCGAGUCCUCACGGAUCUCACCACGCCGCCUCCUCCGUGUCCCAUCACUCGGUGGUUGGCGUGAGCCACGUAAUGACGUCCAGCCAAAGUCUUCAGCACUGCUCGUACUCGAGGACCGGGGCUCAGCAGAGCAUGCAGCAACAACAGCAACCGCAAUGCGGCGCGUACCUGCCGUUCCAAGGUCGGGCUUGGUAGUACAUGCCAUCCGC